GUCUCGCUCUCUCUCUACGAAAUAGUAACAGACAACAAACCCCACCAAACCGAACAGAUAACAGAUAGAUAAUUUUUAGAUAUAGAGAGAGAAAACACACACACACAUCAUAUAAACCUCUCUUUCAAAACACCUUUCUCUCUCUCUGUAUAUACAUAAUCUAUACAUACACAGGGAGAGAAAUUAGUUACAAGCCUCCCAUGGCUAUACACACAGCGCAGAUCUCGAAACCCUAGCAUUAGCAUCUUCUUAUUCUAUCUCCAAUCAAUUUAUACACAGUUACAUUUAUAUUUUAGAGAAGCAUUUCAAUUUUCUAGUGCUUUUGGCUCCGGUUUUUCCGGAUAGAGAUUUUUUGUUCAAGGUGAUGUUCGUGAGAGCGUAGAUAUGGAUGAUCCUGGAGGCUCGUUUGUCGCUGUGCGGAGGAUUUCGCAAGGUGAAGUUGGGGCAGGAUCAGCAGCGUGGCUUGGGAAAGGUCUAUCAUGUGUUUGUGUUCAGGGCAGCGAGAAUGAUGCUCGCCCAUCGUUUGAUUUGUCUGCUGCUCAGGAACAUUGCUUACAGAGACUACAGUACCGUAUAGAUGUUUCUUAUGAUAGUUCUCUCCCCGAACAUAAGGAAACUUUAAGGGCCUUGUGGACCGUUGCCUUCCCGAAAGAAAAUCUACGUGAUCUAAUAUCUGAGCAGUGGAAGGAGAUGGGAUGGCAAGGGAAAGAUCCAUCCACAGACUUUAGGGGUGGAGGUUAUAUAUCACUGGAGAACUUGUUAUACUUCGCUAGAAAUUUUCCGAAAUCGUUCCAGGCCCUUCUCCGGAAGCAAGAAGGUGAUAGGGCCUUGUGGGAAUAUCCAUUUGCUGUAGCUGGCGUCAACAUCACAUGCAUGCUUAUUCAGAUACUUGAUCUUGAAGCAGUUAAACCGCGGACAUUUGUGGGAGCUACCUUUUUAAAGUUUCUUGAAGAAAACGAAUCUGCAUUUGAUCUUCUGUAUUGCAUCGCCUUCAAGCUGAUGGACCAGCAGUGGCUUAGCAUGCGUGCUUCAUACAUGGACUUCAAUGCGGUGAUGAAAGCAACUCGUCGUAGGCUGGAAGCAGAGCUUUUGCAAGAUAAUAUUACUAGGCUCGAGGAUUUGCCUUCAUAUUCUCUUCUCAAACGGUAAUGUUGCAGUACUUGACAGUACAGUUUAAAAGUACACUGAUAAGCACGUCUCAAUUUCACUAUACCCUCUGUUACCCCCAAUGCAAACAGCUUCACCUGGAUUCUGCUUUCUACAGUGUGAGGUGUAAUUCACAGAUUCUGGUUUAGAGGAUGAGAUGUAUAGAUUUAUGUUGGCGACUGUUGUAUUUUCAAUAGAGAAAUUGUCUGUAGGGAGCUGUAAUCCUCAUGCUGAUUGUUUUUGUUUCUACUGUACUGCAGAAAGAAUCUGUGCCAAAUUAUGGUCAGAUGAUUAAGAUGCUUCGGUUGCCUUUAGUAAA